AUGGUUAAAGACCGACUGCCUGAGCUUGAAGCUCGUAUAAAGGUCAGAAAUGAUAAAAAUGCCAGGAAAAAGGCAGAGUUUGACUUUUCUCAACUACAUAUUGCUGUUUUCGAUCAGGUCAAUGAACUACAUUCUGAUAUUGAUAAUUUACGGCAAGAUAUCAAUGCAGUUGACAGGCUACAAAAAGACAUACUGGCCACACCUCAACAAGAUCCAAAACUGGAUAGUCAGCUUAAUGAGCUCACCAAUUCCAUCCGAGAAAGGGCUCAUAAUAUUCGGAGUUCCUUGAAAGAAUUAGGGCAACAAGAAGAUGAUAAACUUCUGUCAGGAUUAUCUGGUAAAUGUCGUCUAAAGUCGUCUCAGCAUGCUGCUAUUUCUCGACAAUUCGUUCACAUUAUGAACAAUUAUAGUCAAUUACAAGUAGAUUAUCGUGACAAGUGUAAGGCUCGAAUUCGAACCAAGCUUCGUAUCGCUGAAGUCUCAUUUUCGGAGGAUGAGGUUGAAAAGAUGUUAGAACAAAACCAUACGGGUAUUUUUACACAGGCUAUUAUGGCUGAAACAGAAGCUGCGAAGCGAUCAUUAUCGGAUAUCGAAGCUCGUCAUGCAGACAUUAUACGGCUCGAAAAAAGUAUCCAGGAGAUGAAAGAGCUAUUCUUCAAUGUCGCUCUUCUAGUUGACCAACAGGGUGAUUUAAUCGACCAGGUUGAAUACAAUUUGAACAAGGCAUCUGACUGUGUUGUAAAUGCAAAGCGUACCCUUUCAUCAGCCGUAAUUAGAAAUAAAAAAAAUCGUCGUUGCAGAAUAAUCUGUAUUAUAUUGGUUGUUGUUAUCGCCAUAUUGAUCCUGAUCUCAUUAGCUUCCGCAAUCGGUUUAACACGAUGA